GGGUGGCCGUCGCAGCGCCCGGCAUCGAUUCGCGCCGUCCUCGUCGCCGCGCGGUAUGCGCGAGGUGACGUCAUGGCGCCGCGUUUACGCCAGCAGUGAGGGUCCGCAUCGCGUAACGUACGUUGAGAAGCUCGAGCGUACGCGGGCGAACGAGGAAAAUCUUUGUCUCGCGUAGAAAAAGGCAGUGUCAUGCCGUGGCCCUGACCCUAAAGCUGCCCCUAAGCCUGGUCAGUCAGAGCCGACCAGCCCCCGGGGGUGCGCGCCAUCCGGUCUCUCCUCUUUUCACUCUGCUCUUCUCUCGGCCGUUCUCCGCCGAUUCGUUCCUGAAAUCGCGGCCCACGGACUCGUCCUCGACGACUGGUACCACGUGACUUACCCUCGCGGAUCGCCACGACGGAGGAAACGCUCAUCCCCCUACUUAUUUAUUCUUUCACGCCAUGUUACAGUCUCAACUCGACGAUUACCUACCGUAUCUGGGCGGCGCAGCCGGUGCUCUCUUCGUCACCGGGGUGGCUUACUGGGCUUCCAGACCGAAGGCCGAGAAUCCGCUCUUUCCACUCGACGCCCAGGCAUUGAUACUACCGGGCAAUGAGCAUAUCCGGGUGUCGAGGUUCUACAAGGAGGGCAGAGAGGGCAAGUUCAUUACCUUUCUGUACGAGGAUACGCGCACCCUCUACGACGGUUUCCGUCGCGGCGCCAAGGAAUCCAAUAAUGGUCCUUGCCUCGGGUGGAGAGAUGGGCCCAACAAACCCUACCAAUGGCUUCAUUACAACGAGACGCUGCUCAGGGCGAAAAAUUUUGGUUCCGGCCUAGUGUCCCUAGGGCUGGUCCCUGGUCCACAAACCUUAGUAGGCCUGUACAGUCAGAAUUGUCCCGAGUGGAUUCUCACCGAGCAGGCAUGCUACACGUACUCGCUCGUGGUGGUGCCAUUGUACGACACCUUGGGCCCGGACGCUUGUGCGUAUAUCAUCAAUCAGACCGAAAUUAAUCUGGUGGUAUGCGAAAAUGACCAAAAGUGCAAUUUGCUCCUCGACAAAGCACCGAGGUGUUUGCGGAAGCUGGUGGUGAUGAAGGAGACCCGGCCGGCGACAAAUCAACGGGCGAAGAACCGCGGCAUCGAGCUCUACUCGUUCGAGGAUAUCGAGCGUUUGGGCGCCCAGAAGAAUCAUCCGGAAGUGCCGCCUAAGCCGUCCGACCUCUGCACGAUAUGCUACACAUCCGGCACCACCGGCAACCCGAAGGGCGUCAUGUUGACGCAUCAGAACAUCAUGGCGGCUAAUUGCUCGGUGCUACUGCAACUGGGCGAUCACGGGCUUACGAGCAAGGACGUGAUGAUCAGCUUCCUGCCGUUGGCCCACAUGCUGGAACGCUGCUGCGAGAGCACCCUGUACAUGGUGGGCGGCUCCGUCGGCUUUUACUGCGGCGACAUCAAGAGGCUGGCUGAGGACAUGAAGGCCCUCAGACCCACUAUCAUACCGGCCGUGCCUAGACUGCUGAAUCGAAUGUACGACAAGGUGCACAACGAGCUUCGCAGCUCGUUUCUGAAGAGAAUGAUCUUCAACAUGGGUAUGCGAGCGAAGGAGACGGAGAUCAAGAAGAGUAUCGUCAGGAUGAACAGUAUAUGGGACAAGAUCGUAUUCAGGAAGAUCCAGGACACGAUGGGCGGCAGGUUGAGACUGAUGCUCGUGGGUUCCGCGCCUCUGGCCGGAAACGUGCUUACGUUCACCAGAUGCGCCUUGGGCUGCCUGGUGGUCGAGGGUUACGGUCAGACGGAAUGCACCGCGCCAAUAACGCUUACUAUUCAGGGCGAUCACGUGCCGGAACAUGUGGGACCACCGGUGGCUUGUUGUUGCAUCAAGCUCGUCGAUGUUCCGGAGAUGGAAUAUUACGCGACGAAUAAUCAGGGUGAGGUGUGCGUCAAGGGUAGCAACAUUUUCAUGGGAUAUUACAAGGAUCCUGAAAAGACUGCCGAGGUAAUCGAUGAACAGGGAUGGCACCACACAGGAGACAUCGGCAUGUGGCAGCCUAACGGGACGUUAAAAAUAAUUGACCGGAAGAAGCAUAUCUUCAAAUUGUCGCAGGGAGAGUAUAUCGUGCCGGAAAAGAUCGAAAAUAUCUAUAUACGCAGCCAAUAUGUACAACAAGUAUUCGUCCAUGGAGAGUCACUAAAAUCUUGUAUUAUAGCAAUAGUAGUACCAGAAGUAGACGUAGUCAAGUGCUGGGCAGUGGAGAAUGGUAUACCCGGCACAUUGAGCAUCUUGUGCGUCAAUCCGGAAGUAAAAAAACUAAUCAUGGAUGAUAUGCUAACGUGGGGAAAAGAAGCUGGUCUCAAAUCCUUCGAACAGGUGAAAGAUAUUUAUCUCCAUCCAGACCCGUUCUCCAUACAAAAUGGGCUUCUAACACCAACGUUAAAAUCGAAACGGCCUCAACUGAGAGCAUAUUUCAAGCCACAGAUAGAAGAUCUGUAUCAACACUUGGACUGACCAGACUGAGCGAUUUCGUACUAUCGCUCGCCUGCACCAGCACUGAUCUUAAAGAAAAAAGUGAUGAUAGAGAAGGAAGCAAAGCGCCUUUCCUCGCCGCCGCUGCCUCUCUCAUCGAAGUCACUAUUGUCAUCGAAAAUAUUCGUUAACUCUCGAUACUUUUAUUAUAUAUCAUUUUCACAGGUACAUUAGGGGGUCGCAGACAAAAGCACCGUUUAGGCUAAUUAAAUGAUAAAACAUUACAAAUAAUAAAGGGAGUUAUUAUUUAGGCGCGUCUAGUUUCUCUCAUUCUUUCUCUCUUUCUCAAUUACAAAGGAUCCUUUGAUACUUUCGGUGAUGGAUAUAUGUACGACUCGAUCCUUCUUUAUCCACGUAAAACUCAAUAAUGUACACGCGGUGACCGUUGUUAUUCUCGUAUAAGAGAUAAAUUAGAGAAUGCAUUUUUAAUUGAUAGAGUCCGUCAAUGAACUCGCUCGAUUACGGCUCAGGUCAAGGUUACAACAAUUAUACGUAGUCGUUAAUUCGAAGGGGUAAUAUUUCAAUAUACCCGAUAGAGAGUCGGCGCGCACAACAACGUCGAAAAAAAACCUUGAUAUUAUUUAAUAAAUAUAUUUCUUGUUGGAAUAUAUAUUUUGUGGUUCGGAGUAUCUUUUCGAAACUUGAAACGUAGAGCAAGUGUUUACCACCGAUCUUCCAGAUAUGACGUUAACGAGAUAACAAUAUAGAAGCGAUUUUACGAUUCUUUCUGCCAUACGAAAAUAAUGCAUUUGAUAAUCGAAUGAAUCAGUGAUUCAGAUAGAUACUAAUUAUCUUUAUCGCGCAGAUAGGAAAGAAUUGCGAAACCGCUUUAUAAGAUUUAUCUUCCUACGAGAAUGGGUCAAUAUUUUUUUAUAUAAGACUUUAAAUAACACUGAACGGGAACUUUUGUUCUUGUUUGAUGACACUUUGCCAGUUUUGUACUCGUUUGCUAUGUUGGUUUUUUUUCGUCUAAAGAUCAAAGUCAGAUCAUUCAGUCGUUCAAUGUCGAUUGGAUAAAUUGAUGAGAAAAUAUGUACAUAUAGCAAAGAUCGUAUCUCGUGGCAAAAUGUAACAAACAAGUACAAAAUAGACGAUAUAGACGAUAUAGAUAUAUAUAUAAUAUAAUAAUACAUAAUUACUUAACCUCGCAAUUUGAUAGAAAUAACAUUUUCAAGUCUCUGAUUUCAAAUAAAUAUGACUUCCAAAUCA